AUGGGGGGGCGCGGAGGGGACGCCGGAAGUAGCGGUGGUACGGGUCCUACCGAGGGGUACUCACCGCCGGCAGCGUCCACCAGAGCGGCGGCGAGAGCCAAGGCCCGAGGGGGUGGGCGUGGCGGCCGCCGAAACGCGACGUCCUCCAUUCCGUCUUCUCGUGGAUCAGCGCCGGGUCGCUCCCCUCCACCAGCUGCCAUGAGCGAGCGCCUCCGCCCCAGGAAAAGGAGAAGGAAUGGCAAUGAAGAAGACAACCAUCUCCCUCCCCAGACCAAACGGGGUAGCAGGAACCCUGUCUUCCAGGAUUCCUGGGACACAGAGUCUUCCAGCAGUGAGAGCGGAGGUAGCAGCAGCGGAGGUAGCAGCAUCAACAGCCCCGACCGAGCAAGUGGAACCGAGAGCAGCUUGAACCCGAUCAUGGCCGGCUCCAGUCCGCACACCCCCCAGCCUGCCCCCGAGCAGUCUGCCCUCUGCCAGGGCCUUUACUUCCACAUCAACCAGACGCUGCGGGAGGCCCACUUCCACAGCCUCCAGCACCGCGGCCGGCCCCCGACCUGA